AUGACCAUACCGGCGGAGUUAUUUUUGGCGGUCUUCGCGACGGCCAUGAUCAUCCUGGUGACUGCCAUCCUCUUCGGCCGACACCCCAGGCAGCCGUUGGAGGUGCCGAAAGCCGAAGAACUAACGUUUCGCGUUGACAACAUUCCAAUCGACCACGCCCAUAUCCUAAACCGCAACUCGAGGGCUAUCGCCGGAUGGGACCCUAACUUAAAUCAAGCCGCUAUCUUUACGGCGCCAAAGCCCAAAAGCUUGGCUUUCCGCGUUAAUAACAUCCCAAUCGACCACGCCGAUGAGUUGGACCUUACCCUAAGGUUUAUCGCUGGGCAGGACCCAACUUUGCAAGGAGCCGCCGCAAUUAUCGUUUAUCGCUUUUUAGCACCACAGGACAAGCAAUUCGGCUUCGUUACCGUUUUAAUCACUACAUUGCUUUUUAAAAACGAACUAUCCGCAUAG